AUGUGUGGUCUCAGAUUCAUCACCGUGCUAGUUGAGUUACUUCUUUGCUGCUUCCUGCUACACGCUGUGGAUGCCAUUUCAUAUGGAAACAAGACAAAAUUCUUGGUGCAUCUUCCCUCAUCCUUGGGAUCCUGGCCACCUUCCUCAGACCCCUUGUCUUGUGAGACCCUGCUCCCCAAAUCCCUGCCUGGCUUCACCCACAUGGCCCCUCUACCCAAGUUCCUGAUAGGCCUGUCACUGAUGAUUGCUCUGGAGAAAGCUGGCUGUCAAGCUGAUGUACAGGUCCUGAAGCUUCAGCUCUACCGCCAGGGGGGUAUAAAUGCUACAGAGAUGCUUAUCAGACAUCUUCAAGAACUCGAGAAAGGCAGAAGAUCAGGUAGGGGAGUAUCAGUGGAUGCCCUGUCCUCUGCUCUGCAGCAGUGGGCCGAGGAGCAGCCAAGCCCAAAGAGGGCUCGUCGAUCCCUCUCCAUCAAGGACUGUGAUCAGGAGAAGGAGCAGAGUGUGCACAAUAUAGUCCAGCUGUUGCCAGGAGUGGGAACCUUCUACAACCUGGGCACGGCUUUGUAUUACACUGUUCAGAACUGCUCCGACAAGGCCAAGGAAAGAGGCCGAGAUGGGGUAAUUGAUCUGGGUUAUGACCUCCUGACAGCCAUGGCUGGAACAUCAUGGGGGCCCUGGGGAAUACUGAUCAGUACUUCACUUAAACCUGUAGUGAAGUCUGGGAUUCAUCGAGUGAUCCAGUAUUACAAUGAGAGAGAGGUGAAAACCCCUCCACCAGAGGUCAGCAAGGAGGUCUUGGGAAGCACCAUAGCUAUGGGUGACCUGGUAGAAACAGCUACCGUGACCCCUUUGGUGUCAGAAGUAGUAAGUUCACCUCCUUACUGGUGGUGGACCUUAUUCAAGGGCUACAACUAAGAUCCUGGCUUUGGGAAUCUUGCGAUAUAA